GAGGAAUGGGACGAGGCCGAGCAGGAUGUCCAGUCGGCCAUGGCAACCAUACAGCAUGCAAGAAGGACCUUGAAAGAAGCUCGCCAGAAGCAGAACAACGUGAAACUGGCGAGACAGUACUUCAGGACAAACUCCGGGGCGAACAACCGUGACUACAACAAGAACAGGGAUGAGAAGAUGGUUUGCCUCCGGUGCGGGCGCACCGGACACCGGGUGGCAAACUGCCCCGACCCACCGACGGCCUCAGCCAAAAGCGCAGAGGUUACAGCGACGACAUCCUUCGUGUGCUUCAGUGAUGAGGCCCAGGCCAUGAUGAUCAGGAGCACGGACACCGAUCCUCAGCAGGCAAUGGCGGCUUGCAUAAGCACGGCGGACGCUGUGGACCAAGGCAAAGCCGUCAUUGACGGCGGGGCCACCAAAACCUUGGCGUCUGUGGCGGCAAUGGAAAGGAUCAUGCACUUGAACAACCUCAAGAAGGGCGACACCGGCCUGGUCUCCAUCGACCUCUCUGAGAGGCCAGUUUUUGGAUUCGGCAACGGAUCCGAGGAUAGAUGCAGUUCAACUGUAAAGCUUCGGAUCGACGCUGCUAGCAAACCCGGGGAGGUCAAGGUGCAUUGCCUGGACAAGGGCAAUGGACCAAUGCUUUUGUCCAUAGAUACUCUGCGCAAGCUUAAGGCCAUCAUAGACUUUGAGUCUGAUCUUAUUUGCUUUCGGGCCUUGGACGAGGACAUGCGCACGGACCUGGCGAUGUUGGGCGAGGCGGCGCCAAUGGGAUGGACCAAGGUGGAACUUGGACAACGACUUCGGGAACUUCGCGAACAGGGGAUUGCAGAUUCCGAGGCUCCUACGGCCCUCACCAGCAUGGAGAAGAUGCUCAAGGACCUACGGAAGGCGAGCAAGCUCAAAAGCACCCUCACCACCUUCUGUACCCAGGUCCUCCACCUCGAGCUCACGGGGAACGAGGUGAUGUCCAAGAUGAUCGACAAGGCGACCAAGGAGAUCCACCGGGUGUGCCCACCCGAAAGCCACGACUAUGUCGGUUUUGGAAAACAUGCGGACGAGCGCUAUGUGACGAUUGCGACCCAGUACCACGAGUACGCGAACUGGGUCAAGGUGACGUUUCGGGAGAAUGGCGAGGAGCACGUGGACCCACGCCUGGCCCGCUUGGCCAAGUGGCUUAUCGAUCAGGAGCAGAAACCCGAGCCCAAGGUCAAAGCAGCGGUGCGGAAGGACAAGGGAUACAUGAAGAUGCGAGUGCCCGACGACCGGAACCACAGCCCAGGCCGUCACAGCGGCAGCCGGUCGAGUACGGAUCCUACACCGGCCCAGACGAUGAGGAUGAUGACGCAGAUGGCGGAGGCCCUGGAGUCCGUGCGCCAGGAGCUGGCCGAAGUGAAGGGCGAGAGACCGCGGAAGACCGCGGGACGAGCCGAGGAGGGGAGCGUGACGGACAGCUCCUUCAGCGUGCUGAGUGGCUCCCCACAGAAGGACCUCGACCUGUGA